GGAAAAGCGAACUGGCAAAGCUGCAGAGGAGCGCUUGAUGCAGGAGCACAAGCGAGUGCGAGCCCCUCGCUGGUCUACUCCUCAUCAGCGCAGACGCCCUGCACCCCCACUGCCUGCUCUCCCGCUGCCCAGCUCCACGAGGACGCCAUACGUAUCCCCAGCAACAUUCCGGAGUGCUGGGAUCUCAGGAUUUCCUCCAGCCCCCCGCACACCCGUUCUCCAGUUGAGCCUUGGGACCCCAAUUCCCACGCUCCCUCUCUGUUUCACCUGGGGGUCAGCGGUGAGGCUUGGAUCUGCCGGAGCACCUGGGUCCCGCUCCCACGGGAAGGGAAACCGACAGAGCGAGGCUGACAGCUGGAGAGACCAUAUCUUUGGAAGAGGCAGGCAAGAGCAGAUCUGGAGAGGUUACACCCUGCACCCAGCACUGAAGCUUCAGUUGACGUCCAUCUUGCUCGCUUGGCGUAUUCUGCCGACGACCACCUACCCAUGGCGUAAAUGAAGGCCACCCAGUUCCCCGAACACUCGGCUAAAACCAUGGGCCUUAAUGGAACUCUCCGGAAAGGCCGGCCGCUGAUUUGGUUCUAGCUGUACCAGCCCCCUCCCCAAACCCCCCCCGUUCUCGCCAUGAGGAUCAGCUCCACCUCCUGCCUCUGCCCCUUCCUGGUCUGCCUCUGUUUUGUCCCCCAUUGCUAUGGCAAUGGUCACCAUGGUGUCGAGAUACCCUCCCGGAACCAGACGAGGCACCCUGAGGCAGAGAGCGAGGUACACCACCGGCCCAAGCGUGGCUGGAUCUGGAAUCAGUUCUUUGUUUUAGAAGAACACAUUGGACCGGAUGCCCAAUACGUAGGGAAGCUUCACUCCAACUCGGACAAAGGUGACGGCUCCGUCCGCUACAUUCUUAGCGGCGAAGGGGCGGGCACGAUCUUCAUCAUUGAUGAAAUUACAGGCGACAUCCAUGCCACCAAGAGCCUGGACCGCGAGCGCAAGACGCACUAUGUGCUACAUGCGCAGGCCAUUGACCGCUACACGGACAAGCCACUUGAACCCGAGUCCGAGUUCAUCAUCAAAGUGCAGGACAUCAACGACAAUGCGCCCAAAUUCCCCGAUGGGCCUUUUGUGGCCGCUGUGCCUGAGAUGUCCGAAGUCGGUACUUCCGUGUUUCAGGUGACAGCGACGGACGCGGACGACCCCACCUACGGGAACAGCGCCCGGGUGGUCUACAGCAUCCUGCAGGGACAGCCCUACUUCUCUGUGGACCCCAAAACGGGCAUCAUCCGGACGGCCCUGGCCAACAUGGACCGGGAGGCCAGGGAGCACUACGCUGUCGUCAUCCAGGCCAAGGACAUGGCGGGACAGGUUGGGGGACUGUCUGGGUCCACCACCGUCAACAUCACGCUCACGGACGUCAACGACAACCCGCCCAGGUUCCCUCAAAAAAACUACCAGCUGUACGUGCCUGAAUCGGCCCAGGUGGGGAGGCCCGUGGGGAAGAUCAAAGCCAGCGACGAGGACCUGGGCAUCAACGCGGAGAUCAAGUACAGCAUCAUCAACACAGACGGGGCCUCAGUCUUCUCUGUCGCCACGGAUAGAGACACUCGAGAGGGCAUCAUCUCGCUGAAGAAGCCUCUUAACUAUGAAAAGAAGAAAAUGUACACACUGCACCUAGAGGGCGCCAACACACACCUGGACCCCCGCUUUUCGUACCUGGGGCCCUUCAAGGACACGGCGACGCUGAAGAUCACCGUGGGAGAUGUGGAUGAGCCACCGGUCUUCUCUUUGGACCACUACAUCAUGGACGUGUACGAGAAUGCCCCCGCGGGAACCGAGGUGGGCGCAGUCAUGGCCCGGGACCCGGACAGCGCCAGCAGCGCGAUCAGGUAUUUUAUUGACCGUGACCGGCGCGGUCAUGAAUACUUCAACAUUGACGCCCACAGUGGGGUCAUAAAGACCACACAGAGCCUGGACCGCGAGGAGAUGGCCUGGUAUAACAUCACUGUCAUGGCCUCGGAGGUCGAUAACCCCAGCCUUGUCAGUCACGUUCCCAUCAUGGUGCAGGUGCUAGAUGUCAACGACAAUCCACCGGAGGUCGCCACGGACAGUGAGGUCAUCGUGUGCGAGAGCUCCCGGCCUGGUCAGGUAAUCCAGACUAUUGGUGCUGUGGACAAGGACGACUUCGCCAACGGAUUCCGGUUCUCCUUCUCGUUGCCAUCAAACUUGCCAAUCAAUCCCAACUUCACACUCAGAGACAAUGAAGACAACACAGCGAGCAUUGUGGCCCGGCGCCGACGGUUCAGCCGCACGAGCCAGGAGUUGUACCGUCUGGCGGUGGUGGUGCGGGACAGCGGUGAGCCGGCGCUGAGCAGCACGGGGACGCUGACGUUACGCGUGUGUACCUGCGGGGGCACUAGCGGGUCGGCGCGCACCUGCCAGACGGGAGCCUUCCUAUCAUCAGCCGGCCUCAGCACCGGGGCCCUCAUCGCCAUCCUGCUCUGCGUCGCCAUCCUGCUGGCCAUCGUUGUGCUCUUCACGGCGCUCCGCAAGGGCAAGAAGGAACCGCUGAUUGUGUCGGAGGAGGACGUGCGGGAGAACGUGGUGACGUAUGAUGACGAGGGCGGAGGCGAAGAGGACACAGAGGCCUUCGACAUCCUGGCCCUGCGGAACCCGGCUGGUGCCGAGGAACUCAAGAUUCGUAGGGAUGUGCAGCCCGAGCGGGUAUGGCGGGCAGUGGCGCGGGGGUCCCCCAGUCCCCCCAGCGCCGUGGCAGACGCAGUGGAUGUGUGCGCCAUCCUCUCCCGCCGCCUGGAGGAGGCUGAUAACGACACCAGCGUACCACCAUAUGACUCCCUGCAGACAUACGCCUACGAGGGUCAGGGUUCGCCCUCCGACUCCAUCAGCUCGCUGGGCUCGUUGGCCCCACCCUCGGACCUGGAUUACAGCCACCUGGACCAAUGGGGACCCGAGUUUCAGAAACUGGCGGAACUGUAUGGAGAAGACCAGGUGGAUGGCGCCCCCUAGCGUGCGUCGCUGUACGAGCACCCCCACCCCCCCCACCGCUGUUUAAAAUAAAGAGAGAGCCUUUGCACCACUGACCGCCACGCCCAUUGACAGUUACUGUAAAAAAAAAAAAACUGUCCUUUUUUUUCCAACUCGGAUCAGAUUUUCAAACAGGAAUGAGAAAAAUACUAUUCUGGGAAAAAAAAAAUAUUUUCCCUGGUGUAUAUUUUUUAUUGGUCAAUAAAGUCUGUAAAUUCCAAUGAAAA